AUGGGCAGCAGGCGGACUGAAUCUUCGCUCGGUACAGAUGUAGCAAGAGGAGUUACUGAAAGAAUCGGGGAAAGCGGACAAGGGAGGGAUGACCAGUCAAAUUCCCAAAACAAAAAUCAUCAUCUGUUGGCAGGCGACAAUAAGAGCAGCAAUGGGUCCAACGGCAGUAAUGUCCUUAUAAUAGCUGGCGCUGGGGCAGGAGGCUUGGUCUUGAUCAUCAUUCCUUGUAUCAUCAUCAUCGUCAUCAAGAUAAAGAAUAGAUCACGAAGUGUGAAGGUGCGGAAGGUCGAGUCGACCACUGGGAAUGAAGGAAAUCGGGAGGAAAACGUUCGGGUCAACGAAGAGAACAAUGCAAACGAAGAGGCAACAGGCGUACGGCAAGUCAGAAAGAAAAGUGAGUCCGGAGGAAGUACGCAUGCGCCAGAGGCAGGAGUCGGAAGCGUAACUGAGAGCUCCAGUACUCGCUCGUCGUCAUCUGGAAGUGACAAGACGCCGUCGCAUCCUAAUUAUGACUCCACAGCCAUGCAACAAGUCGAGCUUCACACCUACAAGAACUUACCUAUCAAAACUUCCGGUUAUACCACACCCACACCCAGGAAAGAAAGCCAUUCGUACUUGAAGCUGCGGACGAGCAAAGCUCAGCAAGAGACACCCAAUCCUCCCAUAGUAGAAGUGCAGAAUUCUGACAUUUAUGACACACCAUACCAAACAAGAGAAGGUCUACAAGGCACCGAUGCACCACCUCCUCCCGAUAAGGAAACAGUAAACGGUGAAGGUUAUGAAACACCACCCCCUCCUGAAAAAGGCACACCCCCAGAGGAGGCGUAUGCAAAUCAAGGUCAGCUGUCUCAAGUCAUCGAAGGGGAUGAAGUCAGUUAUUACAACACUGCUUGAACUACCCCAGUGGCGCGGUGGAAUUUUUCUAGACAAAUAAACAUAAACACUAUUCUAUCUUUGCUGCUGGUUGGAAAAGCUGGAACAUUUCCUGUGACAAAGCCAGUAAUGUGGAAGAAACGAAGAAAGAGAUUAAAAAACUGCUUCACAUACCACUAAAGUGAGUUGUGAGUAGAAAGCUAGAGUGGAAACAUGAUCACGUGAACAUAAUUUAUUGCCGACAAAAUAUUGUAAUUGUGAGGUGUGUUAGAAGAACAUAUUAACUGGACUUGAGAUGUCAGUUGAAAAUGAAGGUAGGUGGACUGUCCGAGAUGAGGAAGGCGGAGAGGAGUUGGGUGAAAUAAUUUCACGACCUUAGGAGGUAAUGCGGAGGAUGCUUGAUAAGUAUUUCUUCAAGGAAAUAUGUCUGAAAGAAAUAGAUGAGAAUUUUAUAUUUUACAAACAUAUUGAGCAGCUGUAGUGAGUGAGUGGGGAGCAAGCGAGUGAAUAAUUGAGUGAGUGAAAGAAUUACUAUGAUAUUUCUGUUAAAAUGUACUUUAUUAUAUUUAUACAACUACGUAUGCUAUAUAUUAACUCGUGUAAUUCUUCUCAAACACUUUAUUUUUUUAAUAGUAGCAAUUUUUUUUCCUUUUUUUGACAUGCACACAGACACCCUUCGCCUAUACACACAUACGCGCACACACACACACACACAAACAUAAACGUAGAAUCAUUUUCUAACAAAUGCUAUUGUUUUCAUCAAAUACCAAUUCAAUGUGCUAAUAUAGAUGUGUUAUUUUAGUUAGUGUGCACUGUUUUGUAUUGUAACAGGCGCUAGCUACAUGGCUAAGGUAUAGCACUCAGCUAAGCUGCUGAUGACUUAAGAUAGUUUUAGCUGAUUGCUUUAGGAUAACCAUCUAGCUUGUGUCUGCCAACAGGAUGUUAACUGUCUGUCAAAUAAAUUUCUUCGAAAAACUA